AUUCUACAUUCCUCCCGAUGCCUCUCUCUAUGUUUUUGGAUAGGGAGUGUGAGAGAGAGGAAGAAGAGAAAAGCAACUGGGAGAAAAGCAGGGGACCAGCGAAGAAAACAGAGACGGUUCCUGUCAGAUCACUUGGCCACAUGAGAGCAAAAAUCCUUUAAAGCUUGGAAAGCUCACUAGAAACCAUCGAGUUGGACCAGAGACAGAGAACUUCAGAGAGCUGUCUUCUGGACAGUAUUGCAAAAGUAUCACAAACCUGGAGCUCCUCCUCACCUGCAGCCAUGGUCCUCCUGCUUGUGUCUGUCACUGUGCUGCACCUGGUCACCCUGGCUAUGCUCUUCACUGCCAUUCUGGAGAAGUCAUGGUGGGUUUUAGCUGAUACUGAAAUCACAGACCUGUGGUACAACUGCUAUCAUGACAAUUCAACAGGAAACUGGUUGUGUGCUGCCAACAGCGAAAAUGACUGGUUGCAGUCUGUCCAGGCCCUGAUGGUCCUGACCGUGGUCUUCUCUUCCGUCUCCUUCCUGGUGUUCCUGGGACAGCUCUUCACCAUGUCCACUGGAGGUCUCUUCUACUUCACUGGGCUCUGCCAGAUCUGUGCAGGGUUGACAGACUUUGCUGCCUGUCUCAUCUUCACGUUCCACCGCAAGGAGGUCCUGGAUGAGGCCCGGGAGUCCAGCACCUCUCACUUUGGUUACUGCUUCAUCCUGGCCUGGCUCUCCAUGCCCCUGCUGGUUGUUAGCGGUGUUCUGUACGUCCACCUGCGCAAGAAGCAGUGAAAGAAUGAAGGAGGAGGAAAUAAAGAGGGAAAAGGAGGAUGGAAUGAAGGAACCGAGAACAAAUGAUCAUGUUUCCAUCGUCGUUUGAACUUAAUUAUUUACUGUAUCUGUAAUGAGGAACAACCGAGUGGAAAUGGAUGGUAGUAAAAUUAUUUGUCCAGAUGGAAUACAACAUUUUUGGAUGUAUGUUUUCUACUUCCCACUUCAUAUUGUACUGUAAAACACAUUCUUUCACUCACAACUAUCGCUUUCUUAAAAUUUGACAUCCUGUUAUGUAACAGGUGAAAGUGAUGCCAUAAAAACAUCCUCCCUCAAGAUACAAAAAAUGCUUCAGGGAAUCAC